GCCUUCAAUUAAACCCUCUUCGAACGAAGAGGCAUUGGGCCACCAGCAAGCCAACAGUGAUGUGCUAUCCACUUACUGGAGAGCUGAACAGUGUGUUCACCAUUGCCAGUGAGUCAUGGUGUCCGCAUGAUUUAGAGCCAUUCUGGUCUGAAGUGGACUGUCUGUCUCAGUCCUUCCUCUUCAGCCACUUCCAUUUAAAUCACUGUGUUUCCUGCCUCCAAACUGCUGGAGUCACAGAGAGAAACGGAAAACAAAACAAGCCAGAAUUUUGAACAGAAGUCAUGCAGCUGAUCAUCGGUCACUGUGUCCUGAUCUUACUGAUCACUAUCUUCACUAUUGUGUCUGAAUCAGCUGUUCCUCCAGUGAAGGUGAAUCUUCAUGACUCUGCUACUCUGCCCUGCUCUGAGAGAUGCUCUGGUUUGGUCAGAUGGACUGUGUUCAGUAAACCCAGUGACACUCUGGCUGAGUGUGAUCAGACUUCAUGUAGAUCAGUGAAGGAGGGAUAUCAGAUGAUCCAUGAUCAGUACCUGAAGGGGAAUCUCUCUCUCACCAUCACUGACGCUGAUUUCACUAAGAGAGGCUGGUACACGUGUCAGUGUGAUGGUAAAGACGUCAGUGAUGUUCAUCUACAGAUUGAGCUGUCUGAAUCAGCUGAUCCUCCAGUGAAGGUGAAGCUUCAUGACUCUGCCUACUCUGUCCUGCUCUGAGAGAUGCUCUGGUUUGGUCAGAUGGACUGUGUUCCAUAAACGCAGUGACACUCUGGCUGCGUGUGAUCAGACUUCAUGUAGAUCAAUGAAGGAGGGAUAUCAGAUGAUCCAUGAUCAGUACCUGAAGGGGAAUCUCUCUCUCACCAUCACUGACGCUGAUUUCACUAAGAGAGGCUGGUACACGUGUGACUGUGAUGGGAAAGACGUCUGUGAUGUUCAGCUACAGAUUGAGCCCUUGAACACUACAGUUCAGACAGAGUCUGGUGAAUCUCUGAUGCUGAAGUUGGACAUAUCAGAUCCAGUGGAGGUGAUUUAUAACAGCACAGGUUCAGCUGGACCAUCCAGUGGUCAGAUCUGUACAGUGGAUGGACAAUCACUACAGUGUAAACCUGAAUACACACAGAGAGCAUCAGUAACAUCUGCCCUUCAGCUGAGAGCAGUGACUCCAUCUGACAGUGGGGUUUACACUGUACUGGCCAAAGGGAAUGAAGAGGUCAUUCACACCUACACAGUGACCGUCCAAGCUGUGCAGGACAGCGAGGUAUGGAAGAGGGCCUAUGAGAAGGGAAACAGUGACGGAUAUCAGAAGGGAGUGGGGAUCGGAGCACUGGCUGUAGGAAUUGCAGCUCUGAUUAUCAUGAUUGGAGUAUUCUUUCUUGGUGUGUUUACUGCGCCGCGGGUGCGUCCAUUUUCACCUCCUUAAAAUCAGCAUCAGUGAUUUAUCAUCAUAUCGGUCAGGUCCUAAUUUUCACUGUGACUCCUGUGAGUUUAUAAACUCCAGCUUUGUGCCUUUACUGUCCAACAUUCCAGCUGAUUCACUGUACCAAUGUCUAUAAAUGCACUGCAGCUACUUCGCUGUUUCUGAAAUGUUUUAAUUACAAACAAAUUACAAAUUAUAAACAGUAGUAAAUAUCACUACGGGUUGAAGUGACAAUUAAAUGCAAAUGAGGUGAUGACAAAAAAAAAAGACCAAGAGAAGAUGAGGUCCAACAUAAACCGUUAAACCAGUAUUUUGACUUAAAACACAU